GUUAAGCCAUUAACUUCCUCUCUGAGGGGUGAACACACUCGCGUCCUACAGACUUCAACUACUAACUUCCACAGCCGCCGGAUUACUGUCCUCAAGAGCGUCUGAUAUGUUUGACUGCUGAAGUCAAGGACACAUCUUUCAAUCAUGCAGAGCAUCAAGUGUGUGGUGGUGGGAGACGGAGCGGUGGGAAAAACCUGCCUGCUCAUCUCCUACACGACCGGCGCCUUCCCCAAAGAGUACAUUCCCACCGUCUUCGACAACUACAGCUCCCAGGUCAGCGUGGACAACCGUACCGUCAGCCUCAAUCUGUGGGACACCGCGGGUCAGGAGGAGUACGACCGCCUUCGCACGCUGUCCUACCCUCAAACCAACGUCUUCAUCAUCUGCUUCUCCAUCUCCAGCCCUCCGUCCUACGAGAACAUCAAGCACAAGUGGCACCCGGAGGUGACACACCACUGUCCUAGCGUGCCCAUCCUGCUUGUGGGAACCAAGAGUGAUCUCCGCAAUGACGCCGACGUGCUGAAGAAGCUGAAGGAGCAGAACCAGGCGCCCAUCACGACCCAGCAGGGUCAAGCGCUGGCUCGCCAAAUCCACGCCGUCAAGUACCGCGAGUGUUCGGCACUCAGUCAGGACGGCAUCAAGGACGUGUUUGCAGACGCAGUGCGUGCCUACCUUAGUCCUCAACCCGUGGCUAACAAGAAGCCCUGUAUACUCCUCUGAAAAUACAGAGGAUAGAGGUAUUUUAAUUCAAUUACGCGCAGAGGAAUGCAUAGGAAUGGUGGGAAUGCUAUGGAAUAGUAGUCAAUGAUGACCAGGAAGCACAGUCUUGCGCCGGGUUCAGACUACACAAUAUCUUUAUGAUUGUUAUGUUUGUUUUUGAUUUACACUCCUAAAUUCUUGAACCAAAAAAACUCCCGAAGUGAAAACUGUAUGCCAUCUUUAACAAUGUUUGAUGUGUGUGAUACCAUCAAGAAGGCAGAACUAGUGAUUAAGCAAAACAAAGCUUGAGGAAACAUCAGAAUAUUAGAUCUGGAAACCCUAAGCCAUUUUGUCAUCAUGUUAGAAAGGUCAGUUCAGAAAAUCUUCUGUGCUUCUGUAGGUAAAUAUCAAGUGUGUGACAAACCACACUGGAUGACUAAACAAUAAUUAAACACGCUAGUCUAGUUCUGUCAGGACCAGAUCCAAGAUCCAUCUAUUCAAGCAUUCUUGUUGUGGUUUACAAUUGAUCAGAAUCAGGCUGAUAUUGUGCCAUCUGAACCCAACGUUUAUCUGUUAAACACAAGAUCAAGUCAAAUAUUUGGUUUUACACUGUUUUGAAACCCCCAUUAGCAACAAUUUUUUUCUUUUUGCUUGAAUUUUCUUUAAGUAAAUACUUAUUUUUAAGAAGAGAGAACAUUUUUGGGGGCAUUCCAUUAGACCACUAAACAUUUGGAUACCAUUCUAUGGUAUCUAAAUAAUAUGAAAAACAAUAUAAAGGAGAUGAACCCUUAAAUACAUUUCAGAUGAAAAUGGUUUGAGUUCCUCUUGCGUGUUUGGUGACUUACUAAUACUAUUCCUUUAUUGACUUUUUAAUUUUCUGUAGUGUUUACAAAAACACAUAUCUGAGAAUUUUUUUUUUAAACUUGUGUAUUAUUACUAAUUCAGCUUUUUAUGCUCAUGGCAUGUGUGUUCUGUCAUUGGGUUGUCCUUAAGAACAGACCUUUAAUGUAAUUAGUGGUCUAUCUAUAACAUUCUUGCAUUAAAAGUGUGAGACAGCAGUAAAAGCAAGCAGUUCUUUUGUUUAAAACAAUGAUGUUAAUGCAUGACUUUUACAACAUGAAAAUAUUGUCUGCAUUAAUGUCCACAUUUUCAAUAGUUCUGGAAGCAUUUUUCCUAUUCAUUUUCCCUUUGUUGAAGCAGUCAGUAAUACAAUACCAUCAGUAACAUAA